GCCUCCCCUCCAGCACAAGCGCGCCCAGCAGAAAUCUUGGCGUUUCUCGCGGCCCUACCACCGUGUCCGCCCGGUGCCCAGCGUCCUCAGCUCGUCUCCUGUGAUUUUGAAGACGAAGAUGAUGGUGGCCGGGUGUCAGAGGCUUCAAUGUUCCCUUCAGGCUGCGGGUGUCCAACAAGCGCAGGCCGCCGGGGCGACAACAAUGGCUUCUCCGGCCUUGCAUUGAUGGGGUUCCCUGACCAAGCAUAAAUAUAGCCUACCAGUAUUCAUUCCCUCCCAAGCUCAUCAGCCUCGGAGCUUCUCUCUCUCUCUCCGUUAAUUCCCCUUGGAUAGCUCCAGCUCUUGUCUGCUGCUCUAGCCAGCUUGUUUUUUUUUCUUUCUCGGUCUCGUCUUGUUUCUCUCCCCCCUUGAUCGGUCCUGAUUCCGGCCUGCCAUGGAGUCCUCGUCGCACAUCACCGGGGACGACGGCGGCGAGGGAUGCAACAGCUGCGAGUCCGGCUGGACAAUGUACCUCGCCUCCCCGAUGCAUGGCGACGAUACCGGCGGCAGCGGCAAAGGGAGCGGCAGCGAAGGGAGCAGCGUGGACGAUGGCUACGGGUACAUCAUCAGCGACAGGAGGAGCGGCAAGAAGGCUUACGAAGAUUACGCCGACGCCGACGAUGACGAUUCCUUGGCGUCCGACGCUUCCACCGGGCCAGCCAAAGAGAAGGCGCCGUCGUCAAUGCCGGAAGACGGCGAGAAAGAAGAAGAUGGUGGAGGCCGCGGGAAGAACGGCGGCGCCGGCAAGGAGGACGAGGAAGAAGGCGACGCGAGAACCAAGUUCCCGACGACCUCCCGCAAGAAAGCCGGCAAGGUCGACAAAGGCGGGGAAGGCAACUCGUCGAGGCGAGGCCACAGCAAGAGAGGCAGCUCCUCGCGGAGAAGCUUCUUCCUCUGGUAAAUUAAACGAUCGACCAGACUAUAUGUAUUAGCUUCGCUGUACUAGGAUGCUGUACGUCUCGUGCAACUUUUCGCCAUUGCCGAUUGAGCUCUCAGAACCUUGUUAGAACAAGCAGCGAGCAUGCUGCAUUCAUGGAGAUCAAAGGGAAGGCUCCUUUUUGGUCCUUAUUUUUGCCUUCCAUGGCGUUCUCCUCCUCGUUGACCACCCAGUUGUAGGUUAGCCGUUGCCGAGUAAAAAAAUCUACUGUAACCUCUGGUCAUUGCUCUUCA